AACAGCAUCAACACAACAUUUUUUUGUUGUUGAGUUGAACAGUUUUUUCUGCAACCUCGGGAAGCGCAAAGAUGCUGAGGAGCCCGUCUCCAUCCCGCAGGCCUAGCGCCACAGGCGGUGCCACCAAAUCGGGGGAAGUGAGGUGUCCGAGGCACCCGAGAUCUUGGAUCGAGAAGAAGGUUUUCUUCAUCACCAGGACUCGCCUCUGCCCAUACUGCGACCUAGAAAGCUACGCGGUCCCUCGCGUCAAUGAGAAAGGCGUCGUGCAGGAGGUGCCCUGCGAGCCCGGAUUCGGCGGAACCCCUCUCCCUGAAAGAAGGCCUCCCAGGACCCCGAGAAACCAGCCAGGAGGGGGAGCACCGAUCCCUCGGGGCCGCACUCCGAGGGCAGCGCCGGGCGGCGGCGGCGAUCGAAGGGGCGGGUUCACGCCGAGAGGGGCGGGGGGUGGGGCGUUCACGCCCAGGGCGGACGGCGCGGGGCGAGGGGCGAGGAGUAGAACCCCCGUGCGGGCGGGGACGCCGAGCCAGCGGGGUCAAUGGCAGAGCCAAUCCCCUCGAACAGCCACCGUGCGACGGACUGCUGUCUUCAACCCCACGGUGCCGACGCCGGACCAGCGAGGGCGACCACCCAUCCGGCGCUCGGCGUCAUACGCUGACGCCAGUGGUGGCGGAGCCUUGAGAGGCAUCCCCAAGCCCAGCAGGCACCAGAGGAAGGCGUCAACCCCGUCCGGCCAUCGCCGUAGAGGCAGCACCGCUGCCGACGGCAGGCCUCCGCCCGCGCGCUCUUCGCGUGGCCGCAGAGGCAGCGGUGACGUACCUGGAGAGAAGAACAAAGGCCGGCCCCCCUCCCCUCCGCUGGACGAAAGCUUCGCGGCCCCGCUCACGGCCCCCGCGGCGCUGGACGGGACCGCGGGGCGGAAGAAGCCCGCGCGGAGCCUGAUGUUCACUUCAGCGGCUCGCAAGCGGGGCAGCGGCACCAGCGGCGGCAGCGGUGGUGGCAACGAAGACGACGUGGCCGUCGUCGCCGCUGCCACCCCCUCGGUGGCGCCGCCCUCACCCUCCGGUAGCGUUAUGAGUGGCUUCAGUGGCCUCAGCGCCGCCGGCGGUGGCGAUGGCGAGAGCGGCCGCGGCCGUAGGUUGUCGUCCGGGGGAGUCGGACUCGUGCUUCCGGCGUCCAUCACCGAAAACGCCGGUGCUCACCCGGUGGUGACGGUGGUGACGGUCACCUCAGAGAAGCCGGCGAGUCGCGGAGCCUCCCCGCCGCCGCCGCCCCCGGCUGCUGCUGCUGCUGCUGCUGCCGGCGCGGCAAUGGCCACCGCCGCUCCAAAGGAGAAGGCCGCCGCCGCCGCUGCCGCCGGCCCUUCGCCGGCCGAUGUGCUUGCCGCCGCGGAACGGCUCGAGCCCGCCGCGGCCAGGGGGCAGGGUCAGCCGGCGGCUGCCAUCAUAGCGAGGCUGGCGGCGGCGCUGGAGGUGCUGGGUCCGGAGCGGGUAGGCGGCUUGGGGGGAGCGGGGGAGGUCGUGGAAGCGGCGGGGGCGGCUUCGAGCGUCGUCACGGAGUCCGGGGUUUUGACGGAUGGGGGCGGGGGGGAGGGGGAGGAGGAGGAAGGCGACAAAGUUGUUGACGAGGAGGAGGUGGAAGCGGCUGGAGCGUUGCUGGCGGAAGCCGGGGACGCCGUGGAGAAGUUCGCGAAGGUGGCGGUCGCCCUCGCGUGGAGCGGCAAGGAUCCCUCCGAGCUGGGCGAGUCGACGGCUUUCGUGGACCACCACCGGGUGGCCGAAGCGGCCAUCUUCGAGGCAGCCAGGAGGGCGGAGCUGCUGAUGAGCACGCUCGCGACGAACGAUGGAGCAGGCGGCGGCAAGGGUCCCAGGGAGAAGGCGGCGGCGCAGCGGCGCUGGUUGUCGGUCCUUGACCGGCACGAGGCUUGGAUCAGGCGCAGGGAUUCGAGGAAAGCACUGCUGAUGGCUGAGCCGGACAUAUCUGCCGGUUCGGUGACGGUAUUCAAGGACAGCCAGCUCCUCCCGCAGGGUGCAUUCGGCCCGACGUAUGCGGCGGAGUACUUGGGGAUCCCUGUCUCCGCCACCGUGCUGUCGAUCAACACCUCCGACCGCAUGGCCGCCGUCUGGUCCACGGCCUCGGCCAAGCUGCUGCGGCGGUCCGCCACGUCCGAGCUACGCGCCCUGUCGUCCCUGGUCCCUCCCCACGCGCGGCUCGCGCGCACGUACGGCAACGAGUCGAUCUCGACGCAGGGGUCCCUCCGCAUCGUCCACCACAAAAGCGGCGGCGUCGGCGGCGAGCAGGGGGAGGAGGACGGGCCGGCGGCGCUUGUUCUGGUAGGAGAGAUGGUUGAGGGGGGCUCCCUUCGCAACCGGAUCAAAGCGUGCGCCGCCCCCGCGGCGGCGGCCGGAGAGGAGACGGCGGAGGUGUUGGAAGAAGACGAGGAGGCGGGCGUGGAAGAAAACUUGUCGGCUAAGGGGGGCGAGGGAGAGGAGGAAGCUCGCGCUGCUAGCAGUGGUGAGGCGCCGGCGGUGCAGCUCCUGCGACGCAGGAAGGUGCUGGCGGACAUCGCGGAAGGGCUGGCUUGCCUUCACGAGCGCGGGGUGUCCCAUGGGGCGCUGUCGUCGGAGAACGUGCUGCUCGAUGCGGAGGGUAGAGCGAAGCUGUCCUUGUUCGGCCUGCCCGACACCAGGAAGGCCGUCGCGUCUUUCAUGGUCUCCUCCGCCACCGCAUCGGAGGAGUGGGACGUGCUGCCGAUGAAGGGGGCGGCGGUUCCCCGCGUGAUCGAUCCGCAGGGGAGUGUGUGGACGGCUCCCGAGACCUGGGUUGCGUCGGCUGCUAGGCAGAAGGCCGCACAAGAGGCGGCGGCGGCGGUAGCGGGCGAAGAAUCGACUGUGGUGGCGGAGGAGGAAAAACGUGCUUCGGCCGUUGAUUUGGCAGCCGAAACGCGUGUGGCGGCGGAAGCCGAAGCUUUGGACGGCAAGAAGAAGGCGGCUUUUAUGGCGGACGCCUACGCUUUUGGGAUGAUCGCGUGGGAGGUGCUCACCGGCAGUCAACCAUGGGAAGGCCUCACGCUAGAAGAAGUGUCGAACCGGGUGUCCCGAGGCGAACGGCCGGCUUUGUCCUUCGCGCCGACCGCUCUCGAAGACUACGAUAACUUCGGCGACCUCGUGCGCCUUCUGUGGGCGCAAGAUCCGACCGCUAGACCGGCGUUGCAAGACGUGGCUCGGCUUCUCCGCGUGCCCGAUCAACCCCGCGCGCCCUCUGCUGCGGUGCCGGUCGUAGCGGCCUCGAGCGAGGACGAAAUAGCUGCGGGUUCUAGUGUUAUUGCUGCCGCCGCUAGAGCGGCUGGGUGUGUCGAUGCUGCCGCUGCUGACGAAGAUGCUUGUGGUAACGGUGAGGAUGGUGCUGAUAUUGAGGGUGCCGGAGCGACAUCAGGUGCGCAAGAUGAUGAGGACCACGUAAUGGUGGAAGCGGCGAAUGUCGAUGAAUCGGCCGCUGACGGUAACAGUGAGCGUGGCGCUGAUGUUGACGGCGGUGGAGCGACGUCGGGCACGCAGGGCACUGAGGACGACGUAGCUAUGGAAGCGUCGAGUUUGAGUGAAUCGAUCACGGCAGUCAUCGAGCCCUUUGCUACUGCUGCUGCUGCCUCGAAUGACGAUGACGCUGGCUCCUGGGACGCGAACCGUGGGGUUGUUGACGGCGGCAGCCAAGAGGCGGCAAGCAAGGUUGCGGAUAACCCCGGAGAAACCCUCGAGGGUAAGUCUCCGGUCAAGGAGGCGCCCACGGAGCAAGUGUUGCCGGAAGAGGAAGGAAACGCUUCCCAGGAAACGCAAAAUUUUGUGGACAUGCUUGCUGCUGCCAUUGCGAACGGUGGAGUUGUUGACGGCGGCAGCGAAGAGGCAGCAAGCGAGGUUGCUGCGGACAAGGAGGCGCCCACGGAGCAAGUGUUACCGCAAGAGGAAGGUAGUGCUUCCCAGGAAACGCAAGAUGUUGUGGGCGCGCUUGCUGCUGCCAUUGCGAAAGGUGGAGUUGUUGACGGCGGCAGCCAAGAGGCAGCACGCGAGGUUGCUGCGGACAAGGAGGCGCCCACGGAGCAAGUGUUACCGCAAGAGGAAGGUAGUGCUUCCCAGGAAACGCAAGAUGUUGUGGGCGCGCUUGCUGCUGCCAUUGCGAAAGGUGGAGUUGUUGACGGCGGCAGCCAAGAGGCAGCAAGCGAGGUUGCUGCGGACAAGGAGGCGCCCACGGAGGAAGUGUUGCCGCAAGAGGAAGGUAGUGCUUCCCAGGAAACGCAAGAUGUUGUGGGCGCGCUUGCUGCUGCCAUUGCGAAAGGUGGAGUUGUUGACAGCGGCAGCCAAGAGGCAGCAAGCGAGGUUGCUGCGGACAAGGAGGCGCCCACGGAGGAAGUGUUGCCGCAAGAGGAAGGUAGUGCUUCCCAGGAAACGCAAGAUGUUGUGGGCGCGCUUGCUGCUGCCAUUGCGAAAGGUGGAGUUGUUGACGGCGGCAGCCAAGAGGCAGCAAGCGAGGUUGCUGCGGACAAGGAGGCGCCCACGGAGGAAGUGUUGCCGCAAGAGGAAGGUAGUGCUUCCCAGGAAACGCAAGAUGUUGUGGGCGCGCUUGCUGCUGCCAUUGCGAAAGGUGGAGUUGUUGACAGCGGCAGCCAAGAGGCAGCAGGCGAGGUUGCUGCGGACAAGGAGGCGCCCACGGAGCAAGUGUUGCCGCAAGAGGAAGGUAGUGCUUCCCAGGAAACGCAAGAUGUUGUGGGCGCGCUUGCUGCUGCCAUUGCGAAAGGUGGAGUUGUUGACAGCGGCAGCCAAGAGGCAGCACGCGAGGUUGCGGAUAGCCCCGGAGAAGCAUUCGAGGGUAAGUCUGAGGACAGGGGAGCACCCAUGGAGCAAGUGUUGCCCCAAGAGGAAGGUAGUGCUUCCCAGGAAACGCAAGAUGUUGUGGGCGCGCUUGUUGCUGCCAUUGCAAACGGUGAAGGUGUUGACGGCGGCAGCCAAGAGCCAGCAAGCGAGGUUGCUGCGGACAAGGAGGCGCCCACGGAGGAAGUGUUGCCGCAAGAGGAAGGUAGCGCUUCCCAGGAAACGCAAGAUGUUGUGGGCGCGCUUGCUGCUGCCAUUGCGAAAGGUGGAGUUGUUGACAGCGGCAGCCAAGAGGCAGCACGCGAGGUUGUGGAUAGCCCCAGAGAAGCAUUCGAGGGUAAGUCUGAGGACAGGGGAGCACCCAUGGAGCAAGUGUUGUCGCAAGAGGAAGGUAGUGCUUCCCAGGAAACGCAACAUGUUGUGGAUGGAGAAGCGACUGGAAAUGAUGCGGUUGUGGGCACGCUUGCUGCUGCCAUUGCUGCUGCUGCGGAGGUGACCACGGAUUCGACAGGAGAAGAGGAGGGUGCUACGCAGGAGAAUGGACGCGCUCCUUUGCAGGAAAUGGUGGCUGCGGCUACGGUUACGGGGACGAAUCCCCAGGCAACCCAAGCGACGGUCGAAAUUAGAACGGCAUUGGGAGAGUUACCUCGAGCUGGUUACGAUGUGGACGAUCACGCUCUGGCCUCGCCUAAUAGUACCGAUCGACGCAGCAACCACGACCUGUAUGACGAUGACAUCGGCACCCGCCCGUGGAUCGUCCCGAACGGGAAGGAUCCGGCGGCUCCAGCCGUGGUGGCUCCUGCUGCUUUUGUUGAUCGCAGCGUCGCAGGCGGCGCCCUUUCGUUCCCCCAAGCACAACCUUUGCCGGAGGGAGCGGAGUUGCAGACUGUGACCACAGCGGUGGGUGCGACUGCUCCCGGCUCGGGGCCGGAACCUGCGGUCCAGUCGACCUCUCGCGCCCGCCCGAUCGUCAGUUGUUCGUCAAUAGGAUCAAUCGAUUCGUCCCCACGGCACCGCCGUGUCGACGAGCUGCUGCGGGCGACGGAGACGCGGGCGACGAGCAAAGGGGCGCGCGCUUCGGUACGACAACCACCCCAGCGGAUGCCGCUGUUGUCGCCUCCUCCAGUGGUGGCGCCUUGCUCGAAGAGCAGCUUCGGGGGCGAGGACGACGAGGAGGACUUUUUCUCGGCUCACGGCGAGUUGUCUCCGGCGGCACGCGCCGCUGCAGUUGCGUCGCAUCAGCCGGCUGUAUUGGAAGCGAAGAACGUUCCAGGAGCGGCUGGUACUGCUCAGGCACCCCUGGCGACUGUCUCUGCAGUUCCCGUUGAAACCCGUACAUUCUACAGCGGUGAAAAUAGGUUAGUGAUCGGCCGCAGCGGCGGUGGCAGCAGCAGGACCAGCACCAGGAGCAACCUGCGCGCAUUCGAACCGAUCACGAGAACCAGCGCAAGCAAGCCGCCCAGUGUACCGGUCACCACGGGCAAACCCUCAAUUGGCGUGCUUCCCCCGAUGUCUUCGCCCAACCUGUCCCAGCUAUCCGUAACGUCUCGAGGGGGGUCUACAGCGUUGGCGACCCCACCACCUCCCCCGUCGGUGAAACAGGCGCACGCACCGGCGUUGAGCAACCGCGAAAGAGCGGCGGGUGGCGGGGAGGUUAACGCAGCGAAAGCCGGGGCCUUGAAAUCCCCGGCUAGUGCUUACUGUACCUCGUAGCAGUAGCGCUCGGACGGAGGCGGCGGCCGGCACGCCCACGGGAACGGGAACAGUAAGGGGCAAGCUGCAAGGGGUGCGGAAGGCGUUUUCUCGUCUGUCCGGGAGGAAGAGGGACAAGGACGGCUACGGCGGGCGCGGCGUGACGGGAUAUACCCCGCAAGAGUCCUGAAAGAUAAUGGUGUAAAGGAGAGGGAAGUUUUUUAAGCGGUUCGAGCGGCUCUUCAAUCUAGAGCAAUUGAAUUACUGCUGCUCUUGAGUGACCUUUCCGCUCGUGGAGCUGUACCGCCUCUUCUGCCACGCCCUCUGGAGAGGCUGACUGCCCUUUUCAUCACUUGCUUGGCUUGCGAUGGCCAACUUCUAAACCAUGCUCACCCACUCGCCCGCUCUUCCGGCAUUUUUUUCGUUCGGAUUAAAAUUUGUAGGGGUUUGGCACGUCGAUAUUUUGUUCACAUCUUGCCUCUUGGGCGGGAAACUAUCCUUUUCUAGAGCCAUUCGGCCGUAUUGUGUGAUGUUGCUGUCGUUUUUGGUGUCCUUGCUGUUUUUUGUCGAUGUUGUUUUGUUCUUUGUCUUGUUCUCAGGCAUGCUUGCGUUUUAUGAAAAGUGCUUUUGGGUAAGUGGGGUGCGGGCGUCAUCCGUUUUAUGAUGGCAGAGAAGUAAAAACUAUUUCCCCGGCUUGUUCCAUUUAUGAAGUUUGUAGGGUUUAUACAAAAGGUGUUUUUUGUCGACGACUCCACGCUGGUGUAGUAACUCACUUGACCGCAACUGUUUUGUGCGCGGAUGUGGCGACGGUUGCCAAUGUGCGUGAUGGAGGCGCGGGGCGUAAGGGUCGAGUGUGACGUUAAGAUGGAGCUCUCGGCAGCUGGGGAGGGGGGGGUAAGGUGUCCAUGUGUUCGGGAAUGCUUACGGGCACACUGAAGGGGCGCAGGGCGGCGGCCUCGGCGUAACUGUUACAGGUGCACCCCAAAACAAAGCAGGGUCACAGUGAACGGGGAAACGAAGCCAGUAGAGAUAGUUGAAAGAAAGGGGGAAAGUGUUGUGCAUGUGUCGAUGCUGGCGCAACCUUCGAAGUAGUUUGCCAUGACGUCUGUAGCCUCCAUGUCAUCGUGCUCUUUUUAUGGUCAAGGUAGAUAUCUAGCCCCGCAUGAAAAACACGGCUUUGGGUAGUAUGACCACCUUGCCCGAUACAUCAGUGCUGAAAUUCAAGAGCGGUGUCCUUCGGCGAUCGACAGUUGGACCCGCGUGCUCCAUGUCUUCACAUGUUUCUUGAACGUCGAGUUUUGACACUCUCGGUUCGUUGAUUGGGUUUUACACUUUUUUUUUUCUCGUGGUGUACGACGUGUUUGCUUGUGUGCUAUUUGCGAUCGGGCUGGAGGCGGAAGCUUUUGGGGGAUUCACGAUGGCCGCGUAGUCAUUUCAAGCCCAAACAAUGUUUGUUUGGUGUUGGCUCAUUGCCCUUUUGGGGGGUUUGUUAAAAAGUGGUGUAAGUAGGUUAUUUUCUCUUGCGUGUUGACAUCUGUGUUGACUCUGUUGGUCAAGCAGUCCGUUUACUAACACAUUGAUUC